CUGCGAAGACUCCUGCUCAUAUUUCCCUGCCCAUUGCUCCAUCACAUCCUUUGAGAGGAAAAACUGCAUUUACUGACUGAGGGCCAUGGCCCAGCUGAUCCCUCUAUUAAUGCUGCUGGGUCUAGGAUUUGUCCAUUCAGCUAUGAAAUAUGUUCCAGUUGUUAAUAUGACGGCAAACUGGGAAGAUGCAAAAAAAUACUGCCAAGGCAACCACACAGGUCUGGCCAUCAUUCGCACAGAGGAAGACUAUGAAGCUGUGGGGAAUCUCAAUCUCAACGUCGAUGUGUGGAUCGGGCUCAGACGAAACACAAAUGACACAAAUAAAACAUGGAAAUGGUCUGAUGAAGAGGACUAUGUGUACACCAACUGGGAAAAUGGUCAUGAUCCCAGUGAUCCCAACUUUAACAGUUAUCUCUGUGUCAUUUCUUCAAAGCAGCAGGGGUGGCGUCCUCUGUUAUGCGUAACUACUAGCCAACAUGCUGUCUGUCAGAACGUUUCUCACAGCACACCAACAAGAAAGAAAGGAUAUAAAUUGUAUCAAACUACAUAUACUCAACAUGACUCUGAACAGUACUGUAAAAAUCAAAGUAUGGAGAUAGCAACUAUCACCAGUGAGGAGGAACAGGAAGAGUUUGAUGCCAUAGCGAGCCCUACCAGCUGGAUUGGCCUGAAACGUAAAGAUGAAAACAGUCCCUGGAAAUGGACCAAUGGAGACCCAGUGCCUCUGGUCAAACACACACACACUGGUGAGUGUGUCAAGCUAAGCUCUAAGACCUGGGAAGCAGUAAACUGCUCCACGAAGAAAAACUUCCUGUGUUACGAAGACGAAGAUCCAACCACCUCCUAUGGCCUCCAGUUCUACAGUGAGUCCAAGAGUUGGAUUGGUGCCUUGAAUCACUGUCUCUCACAAAACACCACCCUGGUCCAAAUCACCAACCAAUCAGUGCAAGACGCUGUAAGUCAGCACCUAAAGAACCAGGCUGUCUCAGGUGGAGUGUGGAUCGGCCUGGAGCGCCCCAUCUUUGGCUGCAAUGUUGACUGGUUGUGGUAUCGUGGGCUAACAGUGAACUUCACACAGUGGAACAGCAACUUCCCCACCGACGUCUACAAGCACCACUGUGGGAAGAUCAUCAAGAGCGGGGAGCCAGCUGUUUUCACGUGGCUGGAUGCCUCCUGUUUUCAGAAGUUGCCCUUCAUCUGCCAAAAUCGCACAUCGACGCCUGGAUGAGGUCCUCCAGAGACAGAUCCUUUACAUCCUUUUCAGAUGCUGCACCAACUUUCUUCCCAUACUUUUCCAUUCCAUUUCUUAAACUCUGAUUUAACCCCUUGCUGCCUGAAUUUAUUUACAAUUAUCUACAAAAAUAAAUUGUUUGUGUUUUUGUCUUCAAGCAG